AUGCUGAAUGCGAUGGAUUUCAAGGCAGUUGCUGAGAAGAAAGUAUCGGCCGAGGGAUGGGCAUAUCUUUACUCUGCUGCUGGUGAUGAAUUCUCCUACGCUGAAAAUGAAGAUGCAUUUUCCAGGAUCGCCCUCGUACCAAGAGUUCUAGUGGAUGUUAGUAAAGUAGACUGCUCGAGCAGUGUACUGGGCCGUCACUUCGAUGUCCCUUUUUAUAUGACUGCAGUAGCGAUGGCGAAGUUAUAUAACGUUGACGGUGAGAAGUGCGUGGCUCGAGGUAUAGGCAAGACUAAGGAGGCUGGUAUCGAUAUGGCGUAUAUGAUACCAACGCUGGCUAGUUGUGGUAAUGGGGAGUUCUAUGGCGGAUUGAAGGACAAGGCGGAUGCUCGUGGGAGGAGGAUGGACGUUUUCUUGAAGGGAAUUCACUCACGUAAGUGGUUGAAAUAUAGGGCGUAUUGGAAUGCUUGUGGUUUAGCUGUUGACGCUGUACGGGCAUAUGGUGAACGGAAUCAGUUGGGAAUUCGCGGAAUUGUGGUAUCGAACCAUGGAGCACGACAGGUCGAUACUGUGAAAAGCGGCGUGCAGAUGCUGUAUGAGUGCACGCGUGCUCUCAAGAAGGCUGGUUGGCGCGGUCGUAUCGAUCCGGAAUUCUCAGUGUUCGUGGAUGGUGGUGUGAGGCGUGGUACCGAUAUCAUCAAGUGUAUUGCUCUCGGGGCGAGCGCGGUUGGUAUUGGGCGGCCCUUCAUGACAGCUAUGGCGGCCUUUGGGGAGGCGGGCAUGGUCCGGCUGGCAGCUCUGUUGAAGGAGGAGAUACUCGUUAAUAUGCGGCUGUUGGGUUGCCGAAGUCUUGAGGAGUUGAGUGAAGAAUUUUUGGAUGCGCGAGCGAUGGAACAACCGCCACCUGGGAAGGUCCGGGCACGGUAUUAA